AUUGGCGGGGCGCGGGCGCCGGCCCCGCCCCCCUGGCCGCGGCUGCGGGAGAGGCCCGGCCCGGAGUUUGCGGAGGGCCGAGCGGGGCGCGCGCAGGGUGGCGGCGGCGGCGCAGGUUGUAUUCGUGAUCUCUUUGGACUCCCAUGAGCACCUUGAGAAACAGGAAUUCUGCCCAUUUUUUCGGAUGAGAAAACUGAGGCCCCAUCACAUGAAGUGACUUGCCCACGGCCACACAGCUGGAUCAUUCUGGCUGCCGUGUUGACCGGAGACCGUGGAGGGUGAGGGCAGAAGCCGGGAGACUCGGAGGAGGCAACCGCACUAGUGUAGGUGAGAGAUGUGUGCCCCCUGCUUCUCACCGCUCAUGCCGCUGGGACUGGGGCGGCGGAAAAAGGCGCCGCCUCUGGUGGAGAAUGAGGAGGCCGAGCCAGGCCGUGGGGGGCUGGGCGUGGGGGAGCCGGGGCCCCUGGGUGGGGGUGGGGCGGGGGGGCCCCAAAUGGGGUUGCCCCCGCCUCCCCCGGCCCUGCGGCCCCGCCUCGUGUUCCACACCCAGCUGGCCCACGGCAGUCCCACUGGCCGCAUCGAGGGUUUCACCAACGUCAAGGAGCUGUAUGGCAAGAUCGCCGAGGCCUUCCGGCUGCCGGCUGCCGAGGUGAUGUUCUGUACCCUCAACACCCACAAAGUGGACAUGGACAAACUCUUGGGGGGCCAGAUCGGGCUGGAGGACUUCAUCUUCGCCCACAUCAAGGGGCAGCGCAAGGAGGUAGAGGUGUUCAAGUCCGAGGAGGCGCUGGGACUCACCAUUACCGACAACGGGGCCGGCUAUGCCUUCAUCAAGCGCAUUAAGGAGGGAAGCGUGAUCGACCACAUCCAGCUCAUCAGCGUGGGGGACAUGAUCGAGGCCAUCAACGGGCAGAGCCUGCUGGGCUGCCGCCACUACGAGGUGGCCCGUCUGCUCAAGGAGUUACCCCGAGGCCGCACCUUCACGCUGAAGCUCACAGAGCCCCGCAAAGCUUUUGACAUGAUCAGCGUACGCUCAGGGGGUGGCCGCCCUGGCUCUGGCCCCCAGCUGGGCACUGGCCGAGGGACCCUCCGGCUCAGAUCCCGCGGCCCCGCCACAGUAGAGGAUGUGCCCUCAGCCUUUGAGGAGAAGGCCAUUGAGAAGGUAGAUGACCUUCUGGAGAGUUACAUGGGCAUCCGGGACACGGAGUUGGCGGCCACCAUGGUGGAGCUCGGAAAGGACAAGAGGAACCCGGAUGAGCUGGCGGAGGCCCUGGACGAACGGCUUGGUGACUUUGCCUUCCCUGAUGAGUUUGUCUUUGACGUCUGGGGUGCCAUUGGGGAUGCCAAGGUCGGCCGCUUCUAGGCCUCCCUCCAGACCUCUCAGUGACCUGGCUCCGCUUGGUGGGAGCCCCCUAUGGGAGGGACACCGUGGCCCGGACCCCAGCAUCCGGCUUGGACCUGGCUCAGCAGCCCGAGGAUGAUGCAGAGUGGAGGUGGGGCCAGGCCCCUGCCCUACUCCAAUCGGUACCACCCCUCCCCAGCUCCCGCCCUGGGUGGGGUCCCCGGUCCCCCCUUGCCCUGUUCCCCACCUACCUCAGCCGGGCCGGGCGCGGGGAGGGACCAGCCAGAUUGGGCGUCCACCCCCGCCCGCAACACUUUCCGCAUCAGCUGCCAAACCGGUCCCUCUGUCUCCCUGGGGCCUGUUUUGGGGGUCGUGACCUCCCUAGUUUCCUGCUGCAGGGAAUGCAGAAGGGGGGCAUCCCCCCUCAGCAAAUGCAAUAACGCCCUCCCCCUCCGCGCCCCCCCCCCAGAGGAACCCCCUCGCUGUGGAGUCUGUUACCUCUGCAUUUGAAAUACUAGUCUGCUGUGAACCCCCCCAACCUCCCUCCCUCCCCUGCCCCCUGUGUCUCCCUCAGCCCAGCCCCGGACAGAAGGGGCAGGAGGGAGGAUAGCGGUGGGCUUUUGUAUCUGAAUUUGCUGUCUUGAACAUAAAGAAUCUAUCUGCCGUUG